CCCGUUUUCUUUCCCACCUCGACCUCUCCUCCUCCCUUCCUCUUCUUCACAGUGACGCACUGACGCUGUGCUGCUGUCCUUCGCUCGCGGUCGCGGCGACCGAUGGUGCUCCUCCUGCUGCUCCUGCUCGCGCUCCCCGCCGCGGCGGGAGGGCUGGCGGCGGACGGCCAGGCGCUGCUGGCCUUCAAGGCGGCCGUGCUGCGGGACCCCGAGGGCGCGCUCGCCGGCUGGGACGCCUCCUCCGCCGCCGACCCGUGCGCCUGGAACGGCGUCUCCUGCGGCGGCGGGGGCGGAGAGCGGCGGGUGGUGGCGCUGUCGCUGCCGAGGAAGGGGCUGGUGGGGUCCCUCCCGUCGUCGCCGCUCCCGGCCUCGCUCCGCCACCUCAACCUCCGGAGCAACCGCCUCUUCGGGGAGCUCCCCGCGCGGCUGCUCUCCGGCGCGGCCGGCCUGCAGAGCCUCGUGCUGUACGGGAACGAGCUGUACGGGCCGAUCCCGCCGGAGCUCGGGGACCUCCCCUACCUCCAAAUCCUCGACCUCUCCUCCAACUCCCUCAACAGCACCCUCCCCGCCGCGAUCCUCAGGUGCCGCCGCCUCCGCACGCUGGCGCUCGGCCGGAACAACCUCACCGGCCCGCUGCCGCAGGGGCUCGCCGCGGGGCUGUCGGCGCUGGAGCGCCUCGAUUUGUCGCACAACCGCUUCUCCGGCGCCAUCCCGGAGGACAUCGGCAACCUGUCCAGGCUCGAGGGGACGGUGGACCUGUCGCACAACCAGUUCUCCGGCCAGAUUCCGGCGAGCCUUGGAAAAUUGCCGGAGAAGGUCUACAUUGAUCUCACGUACAACAAUUUGUCCGGCCCGAUCCCUCAGAAUGGGGCGUUGGAGAACCGGGGGCCGACGGCAUUCGUCGGCAACCCGGGGCUCUGCGGGCCACCGCUCAAGAACCUGUGCACGCCGGACGCCAUGCCAUCGUCCAAUCCGUUUGUGCCCAAGGAUGGGGGCUCCGGCGCCCCUGCUGCCCCUGGUGCUGGGAAGAACAAGGGGUUGGGGAAGGUUGCCAUUGUGGCCAUUGUGCUCAGUGAUGUGGUGGGGAUUCUGAUCAUUGCACUGGUGUUCUUCUACUGUUAUUGGAGGGCCGUUUCUUCCAAGGAGAACGGGCAGGGUGGGGUUGCUGGCUCUAAAGGGUCCAGGUGUGGCAAGGAUUGUGGCUGCUUUAGCAGGGAUGAGUCCGCCUCGCCUUCGGAGCAUGCGGAGCAGUAUGACCUCGUGCCGUUGGACCAACAAGUGAGGUUCGAUCUGGAUGAGCUGCUGAAGGCAUCAGCAUUUGUGCUGGGGAAGAGCGGCAUCGGGAUCGUGUAUAAGGUGGUUCUUAAGGAUGGGCUGACCAUGGCCGUGAGGCGGCUAGGAGAAGGAGGGCUGCAGAGGUUUAAGGAGUUUCAGACUGAGGUUGAGGCUAUUGGCAAGGUCCGCCAUCCCCACAUUGUUACCUUGAGGGCUUAUUACUGGUCUUAUGAUGAGAAGUUGUUGAUAUAUGACUACAUCCCUAGUGGCAGCCUCUCCGCAGCAAUUCACGGUAAACCUGGGACAAUGACAUUCACACCACUGCCAUGGGAUGCACGUCUGAAAAUCAUGCAGGGGGUUGCAAAGGGGCUAUCAUUCUUGCAUGAAUUUAGCCCCAAAAAGUAUGUCCACGGGGACUUGAGGCCAAACAAUGUUCUCCUUGGGUCAAACAUGGAGCCAUAUAUAUCAGAUUUUGGCCUUGGGCGGCUUGCAAACAUUGCUGGAGGAUCACCUUUCACACAAUCAGAUCAUGCUGGUAUAGAGAAGGCUCAGAGCCAGCAGUCCGAUGCCUCGGUGAGCCCUCUUGUGAGCAAAGGACAAUGCUAUCAAGCACCAGAAGCACUGAAAACACUGAAGCCAUCUCAGAAAUGGGAUGUCUACUCCUAUGGUGUGAUCUUGCUGGAAAUGAUCUCCGGAAGAUCGCCAGUUGUUCUCUUGGAGACUAUGCAGAUGGACCUCGUCCAAUGGGUGCAAUUCUGUAUUGAAGAGAAGAAACCGUCUGCUGAUGUGCUCGAUCCUUCCCUUGCCAGGGACUCUGAACGGGAAGAUGAGAUGAUUGCAGCACUGAAAGUCGCUCUGGCUUGUGUUCAGGCGAAUCCAGAGCGAAGGCCAUCCAUGAGGCACGUUGCGGAAACCUUGGAUCGCCUCAACAGUUCAGGCUAGAAAAAUACACCAGAGAAGGCGAUCAUUUAUUAGAGCAUUUGAUGGUUGUACAGCUCAAGGAAGGCAAGGAAGCUUAGGGGACAUGAAGCUCCAUUAGUUCACUAUGUAGAACUAUCAUUUUCGCAGGACCCACAGGUUCUGUUGUGUUCUUAACAUGUUAGGUAGCACCUGUUAGUUUGCUGUCAUGAGUUAUGACUAUUGUGCUUGCCU